AGUUUUGUUUGAUUCCAUUCCAUAGAGACCUCUCGUUUGGAGGAAAGAAUAUCAAUCAUCAAUACUCUCUCUCUCUCUCUCUUUCUCUUUUGCUUUCAAUUUUCACUUCGAAGUUCAGCAGAAAUGCAUUUCUCCAACGCCAAUUUUGCUUCUUCCUCUACCAUUUCCACUGCGGUUCUUCCACUUCCUUCUCCAAAGCUUGCUUGUUUCAGGAUUUCGCACCAGAAAACUCAUCGGAGUUUCGUUUCCAGUUCAAUGUUUGAGUUUAUGCCGCGUAGAAAUCUUAGAGUUUUGCCGCCGAGUUUGAGUAAUCGUCAGAAUAGCAAUGCGUCGACUGAUUUAGAUGUUCCGUUUCCUCGCGAUUAUUCUGAUCUUCUCAAUCAGGCGAAAAAAGCAACUGAAGCUGCUUUAAGAGACAACAAACAGUUGAUGGAGAUCGAAUUUCCAACUGCUGGUCUUGAAUCAGUUCCAGGUGAUGGCGAAGGAGGAAUUGAAAUGACUGAGAGUAUGCAAUUGAUUCGCCAAUUUUGCGAUUGCUUCAUAGAUCCACUGAAAGCCACUCGCACCAGAGUAACUGUUAGUUGUAGUAAAGAGAAACAUAUUCAGUUCUUUCCAGAGGCCAACGAAGUUAAAUUUGCAAGAAACACGGCAUUUGAAGGAGUUUCAUUCAAGUUGGACUACCUCACAAAACCAUCAUUUUUUGAGGAUUUUGGUUUUGUUGAGAAAGUGAAAAUGGCUGACCGUGUGAAACCUGAAGAUGAGCUUUUUCUGGUUGCAUAUCCAUAUUUCAAUGUCAAUGAAAUGCUUGUGGUUGAAGAGCUUUACAAGGAAGCCGUCCAAAACACUACUCGAAAACUCAUAAUAUUCAACGGAGAGCUCGACCGCAUUAGAUCCGGCUACUAUCCGCCAUUUUUCUAUCCAAAGCUGGCGGCUCUCAUGAAGACUCUCUUCCCCAAGAUGGAGACUGUAUAUUACAUUCAUAACUUCAAGGGCCAGAAAGGAGGAGUUCUUUUCAGAAGCUACCCAGGUCCUUGGAAAGUGCUUAGAAAAGUCAGAAACAAAUUCGUCUGCGUACAUCAGCAAGAAGAAAUGCCUUCUCUCAAGGAAGUUGCUCUAAACAUUCUUCCAUCAUCUUAAGGGUCAAUUAUAUUAGUUGGUAUCCCCAUUUAUUUUCAUGUGAAGAGGAUGCUAUGUUCCUUUCACAUCAAAGUCUCUUAUCUGGUAAAAUGCUCCAUAUCGAUAUAAUAAUCUGUAUAUUCUUUUUCUAGAUAUUUAGCGUCCACAGAAUUGACGAUGAAAUGCCUAAAAACUGAACAUAUUUAGGAACCCCUUUUUUUCACUUUAUUUCAAGACCAAAUUCACCUCA